AUGUCUCCCAUCUCAACUUCAGACAUAAAGCCCCCCUCGCAGCUGUCCUUUAACGGUAUCAGCAACGGAAACGCCGUACAACCACAGCAAGACCCCGAGUAUCUCUCAACCCAGCCCGGCCCAGAUCACGACUGGAAAGUCAGCCUCAAGAACAAGGUCGUUGCCAUAACUGGGGCCAACCGGGGAAUAGGUCUCGGUAUUGCAGAAGUCUGCCUCGCCAACGAUGCCUUAGCAGUCUAUUCUCUGGACAUCUUCGAGCCCGGCGAUGAAUUUCAAGCCAUCCGAAAUGAAAACCCGAAGCGCUUCCAUUACAUUCACUGCGACGUCACUUCCGAAGAGAGCAUUACAUCCGCCAUAGACACCAUUGUUGCAAACCAAGGCCGCAUUGACGGUCUCGUUGCAAAUGCCGGAAUGACGAAACAUCAACCCGCACUACAGUUCGACCACGCGCAGCUUGAGCAGCUAUUCAAGCUCAAUGUUUUCGCCGCGUAUUUCUGUGCCACGGCCGCAGCCAAGAAAUUCAUUGAACUUGGAGUAAGAGGGUCCAUCGUUUUUACUGCAUCGAUGACAUCCUACCGACCCAACCGUGCCGCUCCCUCCGCUCCCUACGGCGCCACUAAAGCCGCCGUUCGGAACAUGACACACACUCUCGCCAUGGAGUGGGCGAAACACGGAAUAAGAGUGAACUCGGUCUCUCCCGGGUUCGUGAAGACGGCCAUGACGUACUUUGUGGACCAGGCACCCGAUUGGAAGCUCAAGAUGCAAUAUUAUGGAGGCAUGCCGAGGUUAGCGGAUCCAAAGGAGUUAGGAGGUGCUUAUGUGUAUCUGCUUUCCGACGGGGCGAGUUACACAACGGGCGUUGAUUUGCCAGUGGCAGGGGUUGUGGGAGCAUGGUAG